AAAUGAGAGGGAUCACCCUAAAUUUCUGCGUGGACUAAAGGAGAACCAAAUCAUCGAUAUGCUGGCAAAGGAGGGUUACGCUUGUGGCGACGUGGGGGCACAAGUGAGAAUGGCGCUAAAAGAGCUUGCUUCAUCCGGGUUCGUACGCUACAUGAACAAUGGAUACAGAACUUUGGGUCCAUUUGCGCGCUUGGCUUUGGCGCGUACACCUCGUCAGUUCAAUACUGCAUGGGAUCGGCUUUGUGAGCUGCAGAAGAUCAGCACCACCAGCUUGAGUUCGUCGCUGAGCUAACGCAGUCACAUCUGCUAAUUGUUGGGAACUUGUUGAGUGAGAAGCUGGUAAAACCCACCGAUUGCAGAGGGACGUAUGGAAAUUGGAAUA